AUGCCGUACAACCUCUUUCGGGAAGUGCGCCCUGACGGUAACCCCCGGCCCGCCUUCUACGACGAAGAUGGAGUACCACUUUACGAGGAUCCCUACCAGGCCCUCUUGUCUCAUAUUGUGCGCAAUAACGACGUCGCAUCUCUCUACCUGUAUAGUGAGAGCCCCAACACGAAGGUCUUUUGGGAAGGAUACGAACCGCCCUACAACCAUCCAUUCAUUCUUGCAUCGUCAGAAUGCCGUAGCGUGGAGGUGCUCAAGGCACUACUAGAGAUAUAUCUGGCAGAUUCCGCACUCACAGAACCCCUUGUCACGUAUCUCGGGCGCAUUCACUGCUCCCCAAUAAAUGAUGCAUGCGCGGCUGCCAACCGGGACCUAAUGUUCUGGUUACUUAACCAUGAUCCACCGUUGGGAAACUUGCAUGAUCGAGGGGUGGAGGGUGACACGCCCCUGUUCAGCGCGGCUCAAGCAUUGGGAGAUCAAUAUAAUUUCCCCGGUACGAUCGCCGCAAGACAUAGAAAGCGGGACCAAAUUACACGCAUAGAAGACUUUAUUUACUUUCUUCUGGACCUGGGCUGUUCGGUUCCGAACUCCAAUGUCUAUGCACACCCGUACGGGGUAACAGCCCCAUCCCACUUGGAUCAACCACGCGCGAAGGUGGUGAAUACAGUGCUCGGUGCCGCUAUCCCUCACGCCAGCUAUCAGAUGGUAUCUCGUCUUAUCGCUGAGGGAGCUGACGUCCACGCCCGUCAAAUGUGGUCCACUGGCCCUGGGAGCAUUGGUUGGGGCAAACAAGUGACCGCCUUACAUAUUGCAGCUCAUCACUGGAACCUAGAGGGAAUUCAAGCGCUGGCUGAUCACUUGGGCGAGGUGGGCAUCACAGAGAUGGCUUCGAUUGCUGAUGAUUCUGGGCGGCUUCCCCUCCACUGCGCCUUGGCUGGGGAUAAGGAUGGCCGAUCGGAUAUGUUUGGCAGGGACGAUCAAGAAGAGAUUACAGCUCACAUUAUGCGCACUGUGGAAGUGCUCCUCGAGGCCAAUCCAGACGCACUCGCCUUGCGGGACCAGGAGGGUGUAACGGCGUUUCAUUAUGCGGUGACCUCCGAAGCUGGCCUGCCGAGUAUUCUACCCGUGGUUAAGUUGCUUCUGCGUUUCAACCCGCUUCCUUCCUCUGUAUCGAGUUCCCGCAAUCACAAAGGCUGGACGCUCCUAGGGGCUGCAAUCGACCACUAUGCAAGACGACGCGGUAGUCCGAGUGACCAACUCUUGGAGUUACUUGUCCUCCUCCUCGAGAAUGGAGCUGAUGGCCGCACAUGCAACGACAAAUCACAGAAUUUGUUACAUACAGUGGCGAUGUUCCCGGACACCGAUUGCGCGGAUGCUGCUAUCAUAGACAAAUUAGUGGAGUUUGUCAAUGUUAACCAUGUCGAUGCUGACGGCCAUACGCCGCUUCAUCUUAUGGUUCGGCGUCUAAAUCGGAUCAACGCCGUUCGACAUCUAAUCAGUCGGGGGGCGAAUGUCAAUGUGGUUGAUAAAAAAGGAAACUCUCCUCUCCAUGAGGCAAUGCAUGGUAGACUGGCCCAGAGGGUGUUUGAGAACGGAACCGUCGAGCCCAUUGACCGUGAUCAGUUGAAAGGAAUGCGGGCGGAGAUGAUCCAAGUCUUAGUGGAUGCUGGAGCCUCAAUGGACACCGCCACAGCUUCUCAAUGA